AUGGAAGGGACAGCGACAUUGGUGAAGAAAAAGAGCAGUGGUCGAAAAAAGAUUGAGAUCCAGAAAAUUCAGAAGAAAACCAACUUGCAAGUCACGUUUUCGAAGCGCCGCAGGGGUUUGCUCAAGAAGGCUGCUGAACUAAGCGCUUUAUGUGGUGCAGAUGUUGCUGUUCUUGUUCAAUCUCCAGCAGGCAAAGUCUUUGCCGCCAGUGGCCGUGCCUCGGUCGACUCCAUCAUUGAUCGGUAUGUUGCAGGGAAGGCAUCAAGUUCUUCUUCCUGCAACGAUGUUGUAAAUCAAAUUGACUGUCAGCAGGAGGAGGAGAAGAUGUGA